AUGCUUUUCCUUCUCUUUGGGUUUCUAACUCUUCCUGCUAUUGCAGGUUCAACAGCUAAUACCAAUACAAACAUAGAUACCUGUUAUGGUUCCAAUCUGACCUUAGAACCUUCAACAGACCAUCGCCCUGUGCCAUGGGGUACCCCGAGUGUCCAUUAUUCAUUGAACAACACGCUAAUUACUUGCUGUAAUUCUCUGGAUGAGAUUCGCACCGCGCUCGAUGAUAUCGAUGAUGAAAUACUCCAUCUCCUAAAUCGGCGAGCCGCGUAUGUCCGCGAGGCAACUCGUUUUAAAUCUACACGGGCUUCUGUGAACGUUCCUUCACGCAAUGCGGCCGUCCUCAAGCAUGCAGAGCAGCAGGCGGCGCGUAUUGGGUUGCCAGUGACAAUUGCCCAGGCGGCCAUGGGAGCCAUUCUAAACUCCAGCGUGCCUUUUGAACAGUGCAUUUUUGAUGCCUAUGACUAG